UUCUUUUUUCUUGCUCCGAUUCACAACAUUUACUCUUUUCUUGUCUCCGCCCCAUCUUUUCUGUUUUUGUUCUAAGUUUCUUCAAUUUGCUCUUCUGGAAUUCGAUUUGAUUUAUUUUUGCGUACCCAAUUCGUUAGCGGGUUUCGAAAUCUUUUGGUUUUCCGUCUGGUUUAAUCAUUGUCUUUAUUCGAUGCCUCUCCUCCCAUAUAACGGGAAGAUCGCCAUUGUCACGUCGAGAGAGAUCUAUCUGCGAGAUUGAUCAAGCUCUUCUUUUCUUUUUUUUUUCGUUUUGGGUUUUCUAUUUUCUCAAACUGUUUUCAAUUUAUGGUAAAAUUCUCGUGGUGUUGUGUCUUUUGCAAAAUUGGGGAUUCAACCUCUCCACCAUCUCAAUUGGGUUGUUUAUUUUGGGGGAAUAAAAAGUUUUAAAUUGUUCAUCAUCGUUUUUUUUCUCAUCAGUUCUGGGGUAGGGGAAGACAUAAUCAUCCAAUUGAAAAAUACUUUUUUUUUUGGUUAGAGGUGGGGAUCAUCAUGAUUUUAGAGAAGAACAAAUAGUAGAGAAGAUUAAAGUUAUUUUUUUUUUUUUAAUUUUCCCCUUUGUGUCAACAUCAUAAGCUUAAAAACUGUUUAAACUAAAAUAGAUAAUUUUGACUUACAACAUUUUCUUGCAGGGAAGUGUUAUUGGGUGGGAGAGAAAGAUUGAUUUGACUUCUGACAAUUCAUCAGUCCAUUAGAGGUCGGGCUGUCAAGUUUUGACAGCCCGAGUUUGAAGAAGAACCUUCCAGGGACUUGUUUUUCUAUUAUUGAGACUGGUCUGCUGCUAGAUUUUUGGCCAAUCAUGGGUUCUUUGUCUGGGAUCAUCCAACGGCCACUUGUUGCUGCUGCUGCUGUUAUUGCCGCUUCUGUCUCUGCUGAUGUCUCUGAGAGGUUCUCAUCUCUUAGAUCACUAGUUCGAGGUUCUGAUUCAGAGCAGAUUGCUACUGCUUCAGUGUCUGGUUAUGUUCAGGACGAAAGCUCCUUGUGGGUUUCUCAACUCUCAGCAUCCAAGCUCGCGGAUUUAUCCUUUUUGUCGAGAAUUCGUGUUCAUGUACCAAAUGUUGAUCUCCUAGCACCUUAUCCGUGCUGUGAUCUCGCUCCUUCUCUUACUUCUCUGUCCGCUCUUCGUAAUGUUUAUCAGUCUGCAGAAUUGGCUAAGGCAUCGAAACCAUCAGCAUUCACAAUCGGGGCUUCUCUGGUGGUUCCUGAUGUUUCCUAUAGAUGGCAUUUGCCUGAGACUAGUGCGGUCGAUGUGUCUGGUUCCUCGAGCUGUGCGUUGGAGAAGAAUAGAACUGUUGUGGUUUUGCUUGGAUGGCUUGGAUCAAAGCAGAAGCAUCUUAAAAAAUAUGCGGAAUGGUAUACUUCAAGGGGUUACCAUGUCAUCACAUUUACUCUUCCCAUGAAUGAGAUUAUGAGUUAUCAAGUUGGAGGAAAAGCAGAGAAGAACAUUGAGUCGCUGGUUAAUCAUUUGGCUGAUUGGUUAGAUGAAGAGCAGAAGAAAAAUCUCGUCUUUCACACCUUCAGCAACACCGGGUGGUUAACAUAUGGAGCCAUUUUGGAAAAGUUUCAGAAGCAAGAUUCAUCAUUGAUGGGAAAGGUUAAAGGCUGCAUAGUGGAUUCAGCUCCUGUUGCUGCUGCAGAUCCUACGGUAUGGGCGUCGGGUUUCUCAGCUGCGUUCUUGAAGAAGAACAGUGUAGCCACUAAAGGAUCUGCAAGCUCAUCAUAUGAGUCAAACGUAGGAACACAAACUAACGGUAUAAACUUCACCCAGCCUAAACCUGCCGCGACAGAAACUGCUUUGCUUUUGGUCCUUGAAAAGUUCUUUGCGGUGAUUCUAAAUCUUCCUAAAGUAAACAGGAGACUCGCGGAUGUUCUAGACACUUUAUCAUCAGCACAACCAAGAUGUCCACAGUUAUACAUUUACAGCUCUGCAGAUAGAGUUAUACCUGCUGAACAAGUUGAAUCAUUCAUUGUAGAGCAGAGGAAAGCAGGACACGAGGUCCGAGCUUGCAACUUCAUAUCUUCACCUCAUGUAGACCAUUACCGGAGUAACCCAGAACUGUAUACUGCUGAGCUCAACCAUUUCAUGGACAACUUUGUCCUUUCUUGCUGCCACCAUUCUUCAUAGCAACUUCCAUAAGUGUUGUUGUUGCUAAUUUUUUUUUGUUGUUCUUUUCAACUCUAUACACACACAAAAAAAAGUUACUAAUUGAUGAUUCUUUUGGUUUGGAUUGGUAUAUAGAUUUCACAUCCAUUCCUUUGUAAAUUGUUGGAUUAUGUACAUUUAGGAGAUUGAAGAUUCAACAAAGUGAUGUCCUUUGUAUCGGAAUUUUUGUUAAUUUGUUUCAUGGAGGGUUUGUUGA